AUUGGUACAUGCUUGUGUAUCUGGGUCUAUAACGCCCUCUGACAAAGGGUCAGGGGUCGUGAGAAGACUAAAUGGGCUACUUGUUAUCCCCAAUUUUCUGUUUAAUCUUGUCACGGUCUUAAUCCCGAGUGUUUCUACAGCUAUCACCCCUUCCUAUCCAACCGCUUCUCAAUUUCCUCCGCGAUGCCAUUUUGCAUUAAGCACAUCAGCUUACUACCAUCACAUACGUCUCAAGUGAUCAUGAGUUUGAGAUCAGAGAUGCUAUGGCAAAUGGGGGCCAUAGGAAACUCUGAUGUUCAACUGGCCGCUUUCUACACUCUUCAUUCCUCGCUUGGGGACACGGUCAACAGAUGGUGUAAUGCCGUAAACGCCAUUAAUAAAGGCCGCAGGUGCGCGGAUGGAUCCUCCCAUGUCAGUAGACGGAGCAUUGGACUUCCCUUCAGAGCUACCAAUGCGGCGUCAUCGCCAGAACUCCCUCCAGCACUAAAGGCUGGAUUGAACAGAUUGAGUAUAAACAAAGUGCCUCUAUGCAUCAUCUCCUUGCAUAAAUUACUACCCGCUGAGGAUAUGUGCUGCAACCACGACCAGCAAAAAAUGGAGAUUGAGGGAAUUGAACCCCCGACCUUUUGUAGGCUUUCAUGUCGAUGAGACAAUGCAAAACAAACGUCAUUCCCCUAGACCAAAUCCCC